AUGUCGCAAUUAUUCACAAACGUUAAGGAAUUACCUCCAGAUCCAUUGUUUGGCUUGAAAGCAAGAUACGUGCAAGACAAACGUCUGGAUAAAGUCGAUUUGGGUAUUGGAGCAUACAGAGACAACAACGGUAAGCCAUGGAUCUUGCCAGCUGUGAAAAAGGCCGAGUCAAAGUUGGUCAAUUCGCCAGACUACAACCACGAGUACCUCAGUAUUAGUGGAUUCGAACCAUUCUUUACCAGUGCGGCUAAAGUAUUGUUGGGCGAAGACUCUCCAGUCGUCUCAAACAACGGAAGAAUUGUAUCGCAGCAAUCGUUGAGUGGUACCGGUGCGUUGCACUUGGCCGGUGCUUUUUUGAAGAGAUUCUACACUGGAAACGGACCAAACCCCACUAUAUACUUGUCACAGCCCACCUGGGCCAACCACAAACAAGUAUUUGAAUCUUUGGGAUUGAUUGUCAAGUACUACCCAUACUGGAACAACGAUACCAAAUCAUUGAACUUGCAAGGCUUCCUCAACACUAUAAAGGAGGCCAAAGAGGGCUCCAUCUUUCUUUUACAUGCUUGUGCUCACAAUCCAACCGGCUUGGACCCAACUCAGAACCAAUGGGACCAAAUCUUGAAGGAGUUGGACAAAAAGAAGCACUUUAUCAUCUUUGACUCUGCUUACCAGGGCUUUGCCAGUGGAGACUUGGAAAAAGAUGCUUACCCUAUUCGUAAAGCCAUCAAUGAUCAAUUGAUUACCCAAACACCAAUUAUCAUUUGCCAAUCUUUUGCCAAGAAUGUCGGUAUGUACGGUGAAAGAGUUGGCGCGAUUCACGUUAUCCUCCCACAAGAGGACCCAGCCUUUGCCAGAGCCAUAAAAUCACAAUUGAACCUCAUCAUUCGUUGCGAAAUCUCAAACCCUCCAGCGUACGGAUCCAAGAUUGUGUCAACAAUCUUGCAUGACCCAGAGCUCUAUAAGCAGUGGAAAGAGGACUUGAAAACCAUGUCGUCGAGAAUCAUCAAGAUGAGGCAAACCUUGAGAAAGAAGUUGGAAAGUUUGGGAACUCCAGGAACUUGGAACCACAUCACUGACCAAACUGGUAUGUUUUCCUUCACAGGGUUAACACCUUCGCAAGUUGAAAGAUUGGAAAAGAAACACGGUGUCUACCUUGUAAGUAGCGGAAGAGCCUCGGUUGCCGGAUUGAACGACGGCAAUGUCAAUAAGGUUGCAAAUGCCAUCGAUGAAGUUGUUAGAAACACCGACUCUUCCAAAUUGUAA